AUGGAUGAGGAUGCUGAAGUGGAGGGUGAACUGACAGGCCAAGCCAAGGUCUUAGAGUACUGGUCCCAUGCUCCUCUGCCUGAGGGGGACCCUAGCAAGGAUUCCGCCGCCCCCGCCGAGCUGCGUCAUCCGGCGGAGGAGGAAAUAGAGUUCUCCUCCGACUCCUCCGUGGGGAGCGAGUCGGAGGUGGAGAUCACUGGAGCCUCGGGGCCGCCAUCGUCGGCCGCCCAGAGGAGGAAGACGCGUCGCACCUCGAGCAAGAUCCCGAUAUCGAAGGCAGGAUUGACGGCGGCGCAGCGAGCGCUGGGGAACCCGACCUGCAGGGGGACAACCAAGGUCCGGGGAGCAUCGGCACCCCCGGAUGCUACUGUAGUGGGGCGGCUUCGGCCGGCCCCCAAGCCGAGGAAGAAGCAGCACAGGGACUGGGCCAGCUGCGUGAGGAAGAGGGCGUCGCUCAGCGGCGCUAAGAGGAAGGUGGAGGAGUCGUCCACCGAGGGCGGCUCCAGUGAUGCCGCGCUGCUCACCUCGCCACGGGCGAGUCCGGCGAAGAGCCGCGCCCGCCUCGAGGAGGAGAAGAAGAAGGAGGGGGAGGAGGCCAGCAAUAGGGUCUCCCCUCAUCUCCAGGAUGUGGAGAUGCAGGACCCUCCCCAUGACGGAGGGGCGGUGCACGUUGUGGUCGACUCUCGCGAGGUCCCGGCCAUUGAGGUGGCGAGGACCGAGGAGGUCCCAGCCAUGGAGGUGAAGGAGGAGGCCGAGGAUGAGGAGGGAGAUGGCACUAUCUCCGGCAAGCUCGUGACGUCCUCCAAGCUCGCCCAAGGUUCGAUCGAGGCUCUGGUGGAGCUGUUAGAGCAGGCCGCCCAGGAGCUGGCCGAGGGGAGCACCACCAGCGGUCGAGUGGCAGAGCUCGCGGCCAGGGUGGCUGAGCUGGAGGCACAGGGCCGCCGGUUGGAGGCCGAGAAGUUGAAGGCCGAGGAGGCUCUGCGCAAGGAGAAGUGCGAGCUAGAGGCCUGCAACAAAGCCAACGAGGAGCUGCAGAAGCUCCGGGAGGUGGCUGAGGCCUGGGAGGCUGCCACUGAAGAAAAGCUUCACCUAGAGCAGUAG